GCCCCUCACGUGACCGCCUCCCUUCCCGGCGUUCCCGCAUACUCUUCCUCACCCUCUUCUCUUCCCUCCCAAACCGAGAAGCUUCUCUCCGCAGCGUACCAAAACCCUAAACCCUCACCGUCCCGCGCCUCGCUGACCGCCCCGGGCGAUUCGAUCCGCUCCGAUCGUACGGAUCCUGAUUGGCGAUCGGGUACCGUGAUCCGAGGGAGAUCUCGCGGGAUUCGUCGGGGAAUUGGGCGAGGAAUUCGAACGGCGCCGCGAGCAGCAGCAGCGGCGCCUCGCGCUCGAGUCCCCGGAAGCUUCCAGAACAUUCCCAGGGGCAUUUCGCUUCAGUUCGUGCUCCGGCGUGUUUUAUCCGGCUCGGGAUUUCGCGGGAACCGGCGUGGCGGAUUUGGGGGGCGCGCGAGGGGUCGGAAUGGCGGCGUCGCGGCACGUCCUCGCAGCGGCGGUGCUCUGCGCCUCGCUCGCCUCCGCCACCGCUUUCACCGACCCCUCAGACUCGAUAGGGCUUUGGGGAUUAUAUCGCACAUUGGAGUCAUCGUGGCAGCUUUCUGGGUGGACAUUCCAGGGUGGUGACCCCUGCGGUGAGGGUGGUGAACGUGAUCAGUGGCGAGGUGUCUUUUGCAAGGGCUCAUCUGUUGUCACAAUAAAUAUCAGUGGGCUUGGAGUUGGUGGAUGGCUGGGCCCGGAGCUGCUCAAGUUCCAGUCGCUGAAAAAGCUGGAUGUGAGCUUCAAUAGCAUUGCUGGUGAAAUCCCACCCACUUUGCCCCCAAAUGUGGAAUACUUAAAUUUAGCAGCCAACAAGUUUGAGGGGAAUAUACCACCAUCAUUGCCAUGGUUGCACUCCCUGAAAUAUCUGAACUUCAGCUACAAUAGACUCUCUGGAGUAAUUGGUGAUGUUUUCGUUAACAUGGAUAGCUUAGAAACGAUGGACUUGUCAUUCAACAAUUUCAGUGGUGACCUGCCAAGAUCGUUUAGUCAAUUGAAUAACCUUCAUUAUCUUUAUCUACAACAUAACGAAUUCACAGGAUCUGUGAUUUUGUUAGCAGGCCUUCCAUUUACAGCUCUAAACAUUGAAAAUAAUCACUUCAGUGGUUAUGUUCCUGGAACUUUUGAGUCCAUUCCUGAGUUGAGGAUUUAUGGAAACCAGUUUCAACCAGGUUUCAGACAUGCAUCAUCUUCAUCUACUAGGAGCAGCCAUUCACCUCCACAUCAACUUCUGUCUCCACCUCCACAUCAACUUCUGCCUCCACCUCCUCCAGCAGCCAAGCAGAAAUCGAAGCAGAAGCCAAAACCUCCACAGCCUCCUUUUGGCUAUUCUUCUCUGCAAAGUCAUAGCCACCAUAAGAAAUCACACUCUCGAGUGACAGCUGCUGCAAUAGCUACUGCCACUUGUACAGUGUUUGUAUUCUUCAUUGUUGGGUUGGUUCUGAAAAGCUGGAAAAGCUGUCCAUGCAGCCCUAAGAGCACUGCUAACACUGACAAGUCUUUACCAGCCAAUAUGGAAAGAGUCCCUAAAGCAAAUGAAGUCCUGUACUCAUGGAGUUCUCUAUUGGGUGGCAGUGACACUUCUUGUAGUAAUGACAUUCAAUCUGAACGAGUUCCCAAAAUAAAAAGUUGGUCCAAGACAUCUAAAAACCUUCUAACUGCAAAACAGUUUCCAGCUGCUGACAUUUUGGCGGCUACCAGGGACUUCAAUGAAGAAUGCCUUAUUGGUGAAGGUUUCACUGGCCGAGUUUACAGAGGUGAUUUUCGUGAUGGCCAGCUCCUGGCUAUCAAGAGGAUUGACAUGGUAGAUUUGUCAUUAUCAGAACAAGACGAGUUAAUGGACAUGCUUUGGAAUAUCUCCAGAUUAAAGCACCCCAAUAUCUCUGCUCUUGUGGGAUAUUGUGUGGAGUUUGGCCAUUGCGCGCUUCUAUACGAGUAUGCAGAAAAUGGUUCUCUUGAUGAUAUUUUGUUUUCAGCAGCCACAAGGUCCAGGGCUUUGUCAUGGAAAGCUCGGAUGAAGAUUGCUCUUGGAGUUGCCUAUGCUCUGGAAUACAUGCACUUGACGUGUUCUCCUCCAGUUGCUCAUGGAAAUAUUAAAGCUAGAAAUAUUUUGCUUGAUGCUCAACUCAUGCCCUACCUCAGUGACAGUGGAUUAACCAAGCUAAGCCAUUUUGUCAGCACCACAAGGAUGAAGGAUUCAGAAGCUCUCACUGCUGCUAAAGGCUAUGCUGCCCCUGAGCUUAUUGACCCAGGAGUAGAUGUCAUCAAAGCUGAUAUUUACAGUUUUGGUGUGAUUUUGCUUGUGCUUUUGACUGGUCAAAAGGCUUUUGACAGUUCAAGAAGGCAGAAUGAGCAGUUUCUAGUAAAUUGGGCAUCUCAUCUCCAUGACCUUGAUUCUUUGGAAAGAAUAACUGAUCCAAGAAUAAGUGGCUCUAUGCCAUCCAAAGCUAUCUCUUCACUGGGCAACAUCAUAUUACUUUGUAUCAAGCAAUCACCAGAGCUCCGCCCACCGAUGACAGUCAUAGCAGACAAAUUAGUAAAGCUUGUCCAAUCAACAGGUCUUCAAAAAACAAGCACAUCACAGCACUUGGAGGUUGAUGCUCAGGACCCCUCUUUUGUAACAACCCGACCGUAUUUUGAGCCAUCAUCUACUGUCAGUCAAGGUACAAAUGAGAGCUGCAUCUCCCGGUGAUGAAGGCCUGCCAUUCUCCAAUUCUAUCAGAUCUCGCGCUGCGUUUUCUACUCGAGGGCACUUCAAGUAUCUCAAUCGUCACAGAUCUUUCCGCAUUUUUUGUCGAUGUCAAUUGGCGAUGAUGCUCAAAGCUGCCAUGUUGAGAUGCGCUGACUAACGAAGACUCUGGAAACAUACAACAGUUUCCUACGGAGAAGUGAGUGAAAAAAACCCAGUCUCUUGCUCACUCUAAGAAAUAUGUGCAAGCUUGGUUAUCGGUACGGUUAAGAGUUUUUACCCCCAUCCUUGUUGAGAGAAGUUAGCGCACAUGGAGGUGCUGUUUCGGAUGCUGUUUCUAGUAAGUACAGGAUCUCCCAUUGGCAGGUCCAGCUUGCCUGUAUAAUCAGUUGUACGCUCGUCGUCUGCAAACUACGAGGUUAAGAUGUUUGCUAGCCAGUGGCCAAUGGCCUUCCAGCGUUAUCCGAUCUGGCUUGGUCCUGAACCGCGGAUGCAUCUGGACUCCGACUCAUGUUUUCUUGUGAAUAAUUUUUGGAUGAUAAGUGUGCCGAAAUCAGCAGAUCUCAUCUGUGAUGAUCAUGAUGUACGGAGAAGCCAGGGGACAGGGAAAUGUUUGUCUACGCUCACACUUAGCUAUCCUCCUGCCCGUGUCGGCACCACAAAGUUUGGCAUGCUGUUUGUACUUCGUACACAGUGUAGAUUCUUAUAGUGGUAGGGACAAUUAAUUCUCUAGGGUUCCUUUCUAUUUUGGGUCAUCAACUCAAUGAGCUCGAGAGAAUUUCUGUUAAUGGCACCUUAUAUAGU